UUAUCUGUUCACUGUUGCUUUGGAUUUUCAACCGGAGAUUAAACAAAAUUAGCCAAUUUAAGAAUAUAGAUAUAUAACUGAGUCGACAAAGCUUUAGAGGUGUGUAAAUUUUGGAGAAUCAUACAGUCGUUCGAAUUUCCUCGUUAGAAUGUGAAUUCAGCUGAAGAAUCAUCAUCAAAAAAAGUUGAAUAAGACAGAGGAUUAUUAGUCCAACACAACCAAAUGAGAUGGAAGAGGUAGUCUCCUAAUUUUAUACCCAGACGAUGUUAGGCUAAAACAGGAAUGGAAAAUUCAACAGUGCCUGACCAACAACAGGCAUAUCAUAGUGAAGAUGCAAAUCAAAACAGAUCACAAAAUGAAUCAACAGAAAUAAAGGAGUCAGGGGGACUGAAGGAAUUCAGUUUACCAAAAAACAAGGAAAUGGAUGAACAGGAGAAUAGACUCGAUUCUGGAGAUAAUCCUCAUGUGGAGGAGGAAUAUAAUCCUCAUGAGGCUGAAAAAGAUAAUCCUCACCAGGAGGGCGAGGAGGAGGAUCGGGGUGGGGGGUCAGGUGAGUCAGAGGACAGCAGUGAGGGGACCGUGGUCACUAAAGUCAAGUACAGAACUUGGCAGAACACCAGCUCAGAAAGCUGGGAGUCUGGAAAUCCUAUAUCACCAGUAGAGGCAGAGGAAUUAGAAAAGGAGGCACAGGAAAGGCCAGGCCAAGAGGAGGGUGCAGAGGACGAGGCCUCCAGUGCCUCAUUGCCUAGGCCAGAGAGUUUGAAUCUACCAAGGCCACUGCAGCAGUAUGAGAAGAAACGUAGUUGUAGUGAUGGAGUGGCCAUUGAGUGUUAUAACCAUUUAGCUAACAUUCCAGGCAAGAAAGACUCUGAAUUUGAAAAUAUUGAAGAGACAAUGUUAUCUAAGAGCAUGCCACAUGGAGUGGUUAUGAAGAAGGGGGAGUUGUUUGAAUUUGUGGCCGAUGACCUGCAAGAGAAAAUCCGACAAAGUAGCCCUCUACCUAAAACUGAAUCCAGUGGUUUAAGCAGUAGAACCUCUAGUUCAAGGAGUAUUGCCAGCAUUUCCAGUGGAAACUCUUCUGCCAUGGGAACAUCAAUGACCUCUGAAAUGUCAAGGUCACCGAGUACUCAGUUCCAAAACAGUCCUAUAGACAUUCCACCUAUUGACCCCAUGGCAGUGAUGGAGCUGGAGAUGGCAGCCAAACGGGUGGCAGAUAAUGUAGAUCUUCUGAUGGGGAACCUCAAGUCAAAUCUUCACAAGAUGUCGGCCAUUACUGUCGGUUGUUUAGAUGCCUACAAGAAAUCUGUAGAUGCCACUUGUGAUUCUGUGGACAGCAGUAUCAAGUCAAUGUAUGCCCUGAUGGCCAAAUGUGAAGAACUGAGCAAAAGCAUGCAGCCAGUGUACCAGCUAGCAAACCAAAUAAAAGAAAUCAAGAGAUUGCUGGACAGGUUCGAGUCCCAACUUUCGGAAAAAGCCUCUAAAACAAAGUCAGGAUAAUUCCGUUCAAAAGGAAAAAGCCUCCAAAACAAAAUCAGGAUAAUUCAAUUAAAAAGCUGCCAAAACAAAAUCAGUAUAAUUCAGUGAAAAAGGAGGUUUUAAAUCAGGAUAAUUUAGUUCAAAAGGAAAAUUAAAUGUACUUUCAGAAUAAUGUGUGCAUGUCAUGUGCAUAUUGCUAAUGUAUGUCUGGAAAACACAUGCUUCUGAGUUCUGAUAGUAAAAAAAGAAAACAUAUGUAACAUUUUUUGUGUAAGAUUUGAUAGAAUAAUACUCCAUAUGAUGACUUUAAUACUGAAAAAAUUUAAAUGUAUUAUUUAUUUCAAUCACUAGCUGUGAAAGAUAUUUCAUACAGGGUAAUGUGCAAUAUCAUUGAAUUUCCCUUUCUCAGGAUAUUCAGAGAAAACGUUGAUAUUUUUGUCUAAAUUAAGACAAUAAAUUUCUCCAAAA